UUUGGAAGAGACAUUGCUAUUUUUAUAGAAGCAUGGAGCAAAGUGCAAGGCCUGAGUUUGGCAGAGCUCCCCAAGAUGCUUUGCAGGGUGAGGAGCUUGCUGACAGAACUAGGGCUUCAGAAGAGACCUGCAGGUGGUACUACUGCUGCCGCUCUUGCAUUGGGAAGGCUUCUAAUGAGAUAUCUAUCAUCCCCGAUACAUCUGUGCCCCACAGAGGUGAACAUGAGGCUCCACAAGACAAGCACACAAAUUUGGAUAGAACUGAGAUGGAACAACAGAUGAAAUGUUUGGAAGACAAACUCAGAAGUGAAAUGAAUGCUCGAUUUGAAGGUAUAGAGAAACGCCUACAUUUUUUGGAAGAAAACCGCAGGGACCUUUCCAGAAUGGUCAGUGCCCAAGUGUUUCACCAGAAAGAGGAAGAGUAUCAGAAGCUGAAGAAAGAGAAAGAAGUCUUGGAGCAAAGAUUGCACCAUAUCUUAGCCAAGGCAAUGGAAAGCCAUAAGUUCUCUGAGAACUUGAAUGAUCCCUGUCGAUUAUCAGCUGUGCUGGAGAUGUAUGACAGGCUCAAGACGCAUGAGUGGGAGAAAGCCAAAUGUGCUGCAAGACUCUCCGGCUUCUCAAUGACAUAUAAAGAUGGUAGCACCAUAAUUAAGGCUGUGUUUACCAAAUGUGAAGGAAUGCUGUCACAAAGAAUGGAUCAAAUCCGUAAACUCCUGGAAUGUCCAGUUUUGAAGGAAACCACGACCCAACAGCUCUCCCUUGAGCUGGCACAAGACAUAAAGAAUCACUUAAAAAAUCUCUAUUUUAAGUUGGGAGAAGACUUCUAUCAAAGCCUGAGUCUGCUGACUUUGUGGAAACCCUUCUGGCUGAGGAAUUCUUCCCUUUACACCCUGCUGAUGCCAAUCUUUACAUUAAGUCUGGAGGGGCACCUUUGGUUUCCAUAUUGGACAAUGAGAGAACCCACCCGUUAA